GAGUCGUCGGCUGCACGGGGCGAAGCCAGAACGGAGUCGGGACUGCCCAGGUGGAGAGGCUUCCCCAGCCUGCUCGGACCCCGCCGGCUUCCGGGCACCGCGCCGGGUACCGCACCGCACCCCGUGCGCGCGGGGCCGAGCGGAGCCGCAUUCCCACGCGUCGCCCAGGAGCUGCGCUCGCCCCCGCCGCCUCCGCUGCACCCAUGGGGACCAGGAGACUUUAAAGGAGUUUGGGGUUUCGGGAGCAGGGAAAUCACCGAUCCCCCCGCUCCUGGCCCCGGCCUCGCCGCGUCAUUGAUGGGCAACCAACUGGACCGCAUCACGCACCUCAACUACAGCGAGCUGCCCACCGGGGACCCGUCGGGAAUAGAGAAAGACGAGCUGCGGGUCGGGGUCGCCUACUUCUUCUCGGAUGAGGAGGAGGACCUGGACGAACGCGGCCAGGCAGACAAGUUUGGCGUGAAGGGGCCCCCGGGUUGCUCUCCGUGCCCCGAGAGCCCAAGCCGCCGCCACCACCACCACCUGCUGCACCAGCUGGUCCUCAACGAAACUCAGUUCUCCGCCUUCCGGGGCCAGGAAUGCAUCUUCUCCAAAGUGAGCGGCGGCCCACUGGGCGCCGACCUGAGCGUCUACGCGGUGACCGCGCUGCCGGCGCUGUGCGAGCCGGGCGACCUGCUGGAGCUGCUGUGGCUGCAGCCCGCGCCCGAGCCGCCCGCGCCCGCCCCGCACUGGGCCGUCUAUGUGGGCGGCGGGCAGAUCAUCCACCUGCACCAGGGCGAGAUCCGCCAGGACAGCCUGUACGAGGCGGGCGCGGCCAACGUGGGCCGGGUGGUGAAUAGCUGGUACCGCUACCGCCCGCUGGUGGCCGAGCUGGUGGUGCAGAACGCCUGCGGCCACCUGGGCCUCAAGAGCGAGGAGAUCUGCUGGACAAACUCGGAGAGCUUCGCCGCCUGGUGCCGCUUUGGCAAACGGGAGUUCAAGGCGGGCGGGGAGGUGCCGGCCGGCACGCAGCCCCCGCAGCAGCAGUACUAUCUCAAGGUGCACCUGGGCGAGAACAAGGUGCACACCGCCCGCUUUCACAGCCUGGAAGACCUCAUCCGCGAGAAGCGCCGCAUCGACGCCAGUGGCCGGCUGCGCGUGCUGCAGGAGCUGGCCGAUCUGGACCUCGUGGACGACAAGGAGUAGCCCCGGGCUUGGGGAGGAAGGGGCGCGCCCCGCCGGUCUUCCCCCCCCCCCCCAACCUCCACCCCCUCCUCCGAGCGGCCCGUUUGUUCGUUCUCCCUUCCCCAACCCGGGCCGGCAGCGGUGAUUGACAUACCCGAGCCCCCCGCCCCCGCCACUCCCAGCUCCCUCGCGUGUUUCAACUCCGCGCCGCCAGUGGCCGGUGCCCAGGCUGCACCCCUACACCGCAUUCCACGGCCAAAGGGCAGGAAGUCUCAGGAACUGGUCCCCCGGGAGGGAGAGGGCAUCCGUGAGCUCCUGUCUGAGCCCCUCCACCCCGCACCCCCUAUAGGUGAUGGUCAU